UUUUACAUUGGUGACACUUUUGGAUCCUUUUUCAUCGUUAAUUUGACCCUUGAUUUUAAAUUGUAUUUAUCCUCUGACUCCAACAAAUGCAUCUUUAUAGACUGAAUUAUCCUUCUUGUUGUAAUGAUCACUUGAUAUUGGAAUCAUGUCAUCAUAAUUGAGAAACAUUUUCUUGAAUCGAUUCUCUUUACGCACUAAAUCAGCCAAACCAAAUGACGAUUCAUCAAUUGGACUUCUUGGAAGCCAGCAAAAUUAUCCAAAUGAAAGAUAGAAAUAAAAAUAAGAAUAAAGGUAAUAUUGCAACGCGUUCCAAGAAAGUUUUAUCAAGUGAUUAUAAUAAUCUUAGUGUAAUCAUGGAUAGUUUAUAUUUCAAUAUCAUGACUAACCCAUUGUCGAGUUGCGGAUGGAUUGAGAUGAAUAAUUUUUUUCAACUUGAAUCAAUCUUCACUGAGCCAGUUCUGGUGCUUAUACGUGCUUUCCUCAGAUCUUGCCUUUGCCUGUGUGAAGAUGAUCUGAUUGAAUUUCUGCAGUCUGAAAUUCAUUGUCCAUUCAGUUUAACCAGUUAAGUUCACAAUGUUAACAGCUGAGGAGCAGAUAAAAGAAAACUCGGGAAAUGGAUUCCAACGUUUCUUCACGGAUCUCAACAAAUCUUCAUCAGACGAGAUUGACUCAAUAGCAGAAUUGACCGACUGCGCUUCAUGUUCAUCAGAAGAUUUAAGCUCGAGUGCUUCGAAUUUUAAACCCACUACAUUGAGUUGGAAUAACCUUAAUGUUUACUCGAAAGGGUCGUCUGGAUUAACUGAUUAUUUCCGAAAACCAAAGGAACCAGUUCACAUAAUUAAAAAAGUUUCUGGUCAAGCAAAACCUGGUAAUCUGUUGGCCAUUCUUGGUGCUUCUGGAGCAGGAAAAACCACUUUACUGAAUGUAUUAACUGGUCAAAAUUUGAAUAAAUUGGCCAUUGAAGGACAAGUCUCUUUGAACAAUGAGCCGAUUACUAUCGAAAGGUUGUCUUCAUGUUCAUCGUAUGUUCAACAAGAUGAUCUAUUCUUUGGUGUUCUCACUGUGCGAGAACACUUGCGAUUCCAACUUAAACUUCGGACAACAUUUUCAAUGAAUGCUAGUCAAAUUAACAAAAGAAUUGACCAAAUCCUCGAAAAGUUAGGAUUAAUGAAAGUUGCGGAAAAUCGGAUAAAAUGUGGAUCAAGCGGAGAGCGGUUGUCUGGUGGUGAACUUAAAAGGUUAUCUAUUGCUACUGAGAUUUUAACCGAUCCUGCAAUACUCUUCUGUGAUGAGCCAACCUCUGGACUUGAUUCAUUCAUGGCUCAAACUGUUGUAUCUGUUCUUAAAUCUUUGGCUAAUGAGCAACGAACCAUUGUAUGUACCAUUCAUCAACCGUCAUCUGAAAUAUUCAAAAUGUUUGAUCAAAUCAUGUUGCUGGCUGAGGGUCGAGUCGCGUUUCUAGGAACUGCAGAUAAAGCUCUUGAUUUCUUUUCUCAACUUGGAUUCAAGUGUCCAUCAAAUUAUAAUCCAUCAGAUUUUUAUGUUCAACAAUUAUCUAUUGUCCCAGGAAACAAAGAACAGUGUUUGUCAAAAGUAAAUAUGAUCUGUAAUUCUUAUGAAGCUUCUGACUACCACCGAGAUCUCAGGAGCGAAUUAAAAAUUGUAUCUGAAGCAACCUUUGAAGCAAUCAGUGGUCCUGCUAAAUUGAAACAAUACUCUAAACCAGUCCAAAUAGAUAUUUUUUCACAAUUCAAUCUAUUAACUCAUCGAUCUGCUCUGAUUAAUUUCCGAGAUCCUAUGUUGACAACAUCACGAAUCGCUAGUACACUUUUUUGCACGCUUCUUGUGGCAUUGGCUUACUGGGGACAAGAUUAUAAUCAAGAAGGCAUAAUGAAUAUAAACGGAGCUAUUUUCCUUUCGAUCAUGAGUGGAAAUUUUUCUGGCAUUUAUCUGAUUAUUGGUACUUUUUGCAAUGAAAUGCCAUUAUUCUUGCGAGAACAUGCUGCUGGACUGUAUCGGGUUAGCAUUUAUUUUAUAGCGAAAAUGGCCUCAGAUUUACCUUAUUUUAUCCUUUUGCCUAUCGCUACAUGGUCAAUAUGUUAUUAUGCCAUUGGACUUGUUAAUGAUUUCGAUACAUUCUUGAUUGGUAAUGCUGUCUCCAUAAUACUUAUGCUUGCAGCUGCUGGCUUUGGUUAUUUUAUAUCAUCCAUUUCAACUUCAUUGAUUGUUGGUCUUGAAGUGGCAUCGCCUUUAAUCUCUCCGUUGUCUUUACUUGGUGGGACUUUCGUGAAUAAUCGUACAAUCCCAAAAUGGAUAAAUUGGAUAAAGUAUUUCUCUUGGUUUUAUUAUUCAAAUGAAAUCUUGACAGUAAAUCAAUGGCGUGAUGUGACUCACAUUGACUGUGAUUUUGAGACUCCUGUUCCAAGUUCAAUAGUAAGAGUUUUGCCCGAAGUGUCAAAGGGCACCCUUCCAACUGGACAAGGUUGUUUAGUCAAUGGGAAGCAAGUAAUUGCCUCUGUUGGCUUCAAAGAAUCUAAUCUUAAACUUGACUACUGGAUGUUAAUUUUCGUCAUAGUCAUAUUUCGUGUAUUAGCUUACGUUGCACUUCGUGGCCGUGUCAAACUACAACGAUAAUGAUCAAUUUAAAUGACUUUUUCUUGUAUUUUUUUACUUGAAUUAAUAUUGUAAUAUUAAAAA